AUUGUAGAAUCUUCCCAAUCCAUAUUUGUGGAAAUUGAAAAAUAUUGGAAAGAAAUUGAUGAACCUAUAAUUGAUAUUUCAGAAUGGAUAAUUAGAUUCGCAUUUGAAAAUAUCAUGUACUUGACAACCAACAAGCGAUUUAAUUCGAUUGCUGAUUAUUAUAAUUCUUUAAAACCUAACACACAACCUCCAUUAACAGAGAAACUUAUUGGAGGUGUUAAAAUGUUCUUUCAUGCUGGUCACUUCUAUUCACUUGCGCCAACAUUUUGGAGAAAUAUGCCGGGACAAAAUAAAGCAAUUGCUAAUAUGUUAUUAGGAGCAAAGAAAUCGUUAGACUCAUUGGUCUUGGAGAUAGUUAAAAAGCGCAGGGAACAGAUAGAAAAUAGUGAUGUGAAAGAAGAAUUGUCACAAGAUUUUUUAACACAAUUAUUGACAAUAAAUACGAAUCAGGAUGUCACUAAAGGUAUUAAUGAUGAAAAACAUCAAUCACCUAUGUCUGAUGAAGAAGUUAAAGCUAUUAUGACAGAAAUUCUUACUGGUGGAUCCUUUACGACAUCAAACACUAUGUUAUAUGUGAUUUAUUACAUCGCAAAAUAUCCUGAAGUUCAACAAAAAAUUGUUAAAGAAAUCGAAUCAAUAUUAGGCAAUAAUGUUAAUAAGGAAAUUACAUUAAAAGAUUUAGAUAAUAUGAAAUAUUGUGAUGCUGUUAUUAACGAAG